UAUUUGUAUAGAUUUGGCAAUUAAUUGAACUCCAAUUGUAAGCAUUGAAUACAACCAACAGUUGGCCACAYAUUGUAUAACAUGUUGUUUGACAAAGAGUUGGUUAUUGUCACCGAAAAGCUUGUUUUAAACGGUUCGGUGUCUUAUCUCAAUGCAUACAAACAAACGGAAAUGUCUGAAACCGACACUUUGACCGAAUCAAUGACCGAAUCGUCAAACGACAGUCUCAUCGAAAAGACGACCGAAACUCAAAACAUUACCAAAACAGACACCGAACUGAUGGCAAAAACAGACACCGAACUGAUGGCMAAAACAGACACCGAACUGAUGGCCAAAACAGACAUCGAAGCGAUGGCCAAAAAAGAUUUUGAAUCUAUGACCGAAUCAAAAGUUGUUACGAUAGACGAAACGAUUACUAAAAAUGUGUCUGAAAUGCCAAUAAUAUUUAAGACAUCAAAUGAAUUGGUGAUGAUUUUAAAGAAAAGAUUUAAAGAAUAUAAAAAUAUAAUAAAAGAAAAGACAGAUUCACGACAUCGCUUACCAUUUGUUAAACUCAGUCAGUCUUCAAAACUCGACAAAUGCUCUCUUUAUGUGAAGAGUCGGGGAUUUUCAAAAACAACUGACGAUAAACUCAAUAGACUUUGUAAACGACUCGACAAUAAUUAUAAUGAGAGUAAUGAUGAACACAAAGAGCGCAAAGAUAUCAAACAAUCCAAUGAUUUUCAAAUUAACAAAAAGAGAAAAUAUGAAUUGAUUGAUAUCUUUAAAGGUGACGAUGAUAUCGACAAUGAAUUGGACAGAAAAGAUCGUAAAAAAUAUUUGAAGACUAAUAAUCAAACAAAUGGCGAAUCCGACAAAUCGACAUCAAAUGAUAAAAAUGGAUCUAAAUUUACAAAAUUGAAAGAAUUUGAAUCUAAAUGUGAACCACAAAGAAAGCCACAGACAUAUCAAUACAUAUCGAGUAAACAAAUUGGACUCAAAUCACAAGAUAAUGGACUUUCCAUUUAUAACAGCAAUUUAAAUGAACUUAACUUUAAAAUACCUAAAAAGGACUCUCAAGACACCAAAUCUAUGUUAGAUAGGGCUCAGUCAUUGCGGACAAGUAAACGAUAUGACGAGUCUUUCAAUCACUUGGUUCGUAAUCUCACAGAAAACCAAUGGAAAGAACCCAUUGUUUUGGAACUAUUAAUACUAUUAGCUAAAGGAAUGGCCAGUUCUAAGGAUUUCUAUGGUCCGCAUACUAACACUUUUGCGGAUAUCAUCGAUAAAAUAAAGAGUUUACAGUAUAUUGAAGACGACUUUUGGGAUUUUAUUAUUUAUUGCACAUUCAAGAAGAAUACCAAUAAUAAGAGUCAUCAAAUCAAUUUGUUUUUGUCGGGUCUCUAUGAAUACCUAUUGGAAAGAAAGAUAAGCGCACGAGUCGUUUGCAAUGAGGCCGUUAUCAUAGCCUACCGGACACUCAAUAACCAACUUUCCACUAAAGAAUUACUUGAUAUGCAGUCCAUUGAUUAGUGAUUAUCAAGAUUUAUAGAUUAAUUUAUUUUUAUUU